AGCAGUAAAGCUGUGAGAUUUCUAUGGAUUUGGUCUAGGAUUCAUAAUAGCUGCUAAUAUAGCCAACAACUCAAAAUGUGCUGUUGUGAUUUUCACAGCUUAUGUGUUCUUAAUAAAGAACAUUGAAGCCUCCUUAAUCCUUAUUUUUGGGCUUCAACUCAAACUAUUUCUUCAUUCCCUGGAGGGAAUACUUUUUUGGAAAUGCUAUUUUGCCAGAGUUUAGUUCGUUAUGUUCCCCUUUAAAAAUAGCAAAAGUAUAAGAACGUGUACAGGCUAUUUGAACACAUUUGCCCGGAAAUGUUACAUGUCAAAUAAUUCGAUAAUUUCAGUGUUAUGAAUAUUGCAGCAGAUGAUGUCAAAGCAACGUAUAAAACCUUGGUCCAGGUUGUCUGCCAGCCAGAAUACUAGCCUCGACCUACUGAUUCGCCUGCUUUGCUAUCAACUUCCAAUCAGGUUCCGCGCGUUUCAGCACCAUGGUCGGCAGCCUGCUCCUCCUCCUCAGCGCUACCUGCUCGGUGUUGGUGGUGCUGGCCAACUCCCACGACUUUCUGGAAACACGCUCCCCUGAAGACUCCAUCAAGACACAAGAAGAACAAGAAUUGUUUGAAGCUUUACAAGAGGUUCUUGAAAAACUACAGAGUAAGCAGAUGCCGGCCUAUGAGAAGAAGUUGGGUUGGGUUCCCAUGUGUGAUGCUGAUGCGGGUCAGCAAUGUGCAGUUCGCAAAGGUGCAAGAAUUGGGAAGUUGUGCGAGUGUCCACGGGGAACAUCUUGCAACUUCUCCAUCCUCAAAUGCUUUUAGGGAAUCGAGGACGACAGCUACCAUCGGGAUGACUCAAUGUUGUAUGAGGACAAAUUGUGUAUUCUCAAAUCUUGCUGUUUUAGAUAUGUAAAUGUGUAAGAAUGGAAUAAACAUACGUUUUUUGAAGACUU